GAUUUGCUACGUUGCCACAUUUUCGAAGUGUGGACGGUAGCAUAGCAGUUUAUAAUGGUUAUAUUAGAUUAGUGUUUGUUAAAGUAUAGUGUUAAUUAAUUGGUAAGAACGAUGGCUUCCUUAGUUGCGGAUUAUGGAACUUCCUCAGGCUCAGAGAGCAGCGAUGACGAUGUCUCAGAAAAUGGCGAUAACACUUUUAAGGAGGAAGAAGAAGAGGAAGAUGAGGAUGAAGAAAACUAUGAAAAUAAUAGAGAAUCAUCGAAUGAAGCAGCUUCCAAUGAGAAACUUCCAUUGCCAACACCAGAUUUUAAUAGUACACCCAUCAUGAAAACUUCAGUCUUCUCAAAUCCCUUUGUUGAAGCAGAGAAAGCAAAGAGUGCAAUUCUUGAGAAACAUGUGAAAAUGACUCCAACUUUAGAUGAUACAAAAAUGAUAAAUGGUAGAAAGAUUUGCUGGAAUUAUAGAAAAGGUAGAUGUCGCUUUGGUCAUAAUUGUACUUUUGCACAUGAUUCUGAUUUACAUCGAACAGCAGCUGAAUUAGAAGUAAUUCGAGCACCACAGGAAACUAUUAUUUGUCAGACUCAAUAUAAUGGACAAGUUUCCAUAAAUGAUGAUGAUGAAAUAGAUCAAGAAAAUAAUCAAAUGAAUAAGCGUAAGAAAAGGCCAGGCUUAAGUCAGUCUUUAGUACCUAGUAAGAAAGUCUUAAAAAUGUACAAAGCACAACAAGCUAAAGCUGUUAGUAGAUAAAUUA